AACAUUAGAAAAUUGGAAGAGCAUUCCUAACGAUGGCAGAUUAUUAUGAUAUUUAAUGGUGAUAAAAACUUGUUCAUGAUAUGUGGAAGUGUCUUUACAGUGAAAAAGUAUUUGCUCAAAGUCAUUGAAUUUGAAAGUGUUUGGCCUCUGAAAGGUGGAAAUUGUGAUUUUGGGCAACAAGUUGCCUGGUGAGUGGUGACUGCUUUGAAGCGAGUAGGAUAGAGUGAUAGAGAAAAGUGAGAGGAAAAAUGAGUUAAGCAAGAUGGAAAGAAGCAAGAGCAAUGGGCAACGUUCUAAUGAUACUGCCACUGAUCCCCCUGUUUUUGGUUUCUCCCAACGUGUAGGCUCCUUUAAAAACAACAAGAAGAAAAAAGACUCACAAGAUUUCACGGAUGCAAGGAUCAGCGCGUCAAGUAAGAGAAAUCGUUUUGCGCAACAACACUCUGCCGCUGAAGACCCUCAUCUCCCCCCCUACAAAAUCCUAGAGUCCUUUAACAACCUCCAAAACGGCUCACAAAAUUUCACCAAGUCAACGACCAAGAGUUUGGGAAUUGGAGAGUCCUUUAACAACCGUGGAUCAGGCUCACAAGAUUUCACCAAGACAAGGACCGAGAGUUUGGGAAUUGGAAAGUCCUUUAACAACCAUGGACCAGGCCCACAAGUUUUCAGGGAUGCAAGGAUCAGCGCGUCAAGUGAGAGAAAUGAUUUUCCGCAACAACACUCUGCCGCUGAAGACGGUCAUCUCCCCCCCUGCAAAAUCCUAGACUCCUUUAACAACCACCAAAACGGUUCACAAAAUUUCACCAGGACAACGAUUGACAGUUUGGGAACUAGAGAUUCCUUUAACAACGGUGGAUCAGGCUUACAAGAUUACAUGGAUGCACACAUUCGCUGUGUCCACUGCACCUCCGGAAUUCUUAAAUUCUGCAACGACACCGGCAACUGGGUUUCAAAUCUUUUACCAAAGCUUUCCACCCUACUCACCGGCCGCCCCGGAAUUCGUCACUCCUUCAACUGCCCCACCGGAUCCCAAAAUUUCAAGGGUGCCAGCAUUAUUGUUUAAGGGUGAUUUACAUCAUGAGGUUGAGGAUGUUGUCGAUGAGUCCUAGUACUUGCAGCUUGUCAUGCUUUAAAAUGAUUAUUGGUUUUCAUGUAAUAGACUCCAUUGGAUUUUCAGUUGUUUUUGUUUUGUUGAAAAUGUGAUACUUUUUAUGUUGAACUUGUUGGAUUUUAUUUAUGAAAGACCUUUCUGUUUA